UACAGCACAUUGGUCACCUGAUUUCCUGAGUUAUAAAAGCUCCCACUGCCUCUGCUCUCAAUCUGUCGUCAAGGAGCCUCUUUUACCGGAUUCACCAUCCUCCAACCACCUGUGACUUUAUCCUGAUCAUGGCUGUGACAAACCAACCAGGCCGAUACGCACCUUCUGACUUCCAGACAGGAUUGUGUGAUUUCUGCGAUGACUGUGGAACUUGUUUCUAUGGUCUGUUCUGCACCAUGUGCCUCGGCUGCUCCAUCGCCAGUGACAUGGACGAGUGCUGCCUGUGUGGUGUGCAAAUGAGCAUUCGCAGCGUCUACAGGACCAAGUACAACAUCAAUGGGUCAUUGUGUACAGACUUCUUAACAUACCUAUUCUGUGGCCUCUGUGCCACAUGCCAACUGAAGAGGGACAUUGACCGCAGGAAGGAGCAAGGCAUUUUCUAAAUUGAUACCGUCGCCAGGCACGUUGUAAAUGUGCUGGUUUUCUUUGCUCAUUGCGGAACCUGAAGAUACCGCCCUUCCCUUCUCUGAUAAAGAGGUUGAUUAGGUUGUAUUCAGUGUAAUGUGUGUUGUUGUGGAAACUUUCACUCGUCAACAAUCUGGAGAUGUAAUAAUAAUAAUAAAGUUGGUCCGAUGCAAAUCAAA